GCUCCGCGUCGCGGCAGGUGGAUCAGUUCCUUUUUCUUUUUUUAUCUUUCCUGGACGGUGUACGUUCUCCCAUUGUUUUCGAGAGCGAUACAUACAAUACUUGACAGGGUGUAUCGAAGUGCUCUUUAUCGGAAACUUGAUUCGCGAUCUUAAAAGCCACGAGUAUAGUGUCAGCGUGGAUAAGAGAGAAAUGACGAUUCGGAAAAAGAACUUGUGAUAGAUGCAACAAUUGCAUCGAUUUUGUAUCGCUAGAUAGAGGUUAUAUAUGCAAAACAUUUUUCGGAAGUACAUGCAUGAUAGCUCGUGGCUGCAGCAAAGUGAAAAGCGAAAUAAUGCCGCCGUCGUCGCAUACGAAUUGGACUAAACCCCUCCUAAAGAAUGGACAGAUGAUGCAACUGCAAGCAAAGCGUACAACUUGCUCGACACAGAAUCAGAAUUCGAAUGGUAGUAGCACGGAACACAGUGGUAUUCCACUUGACAGAAGAAUCAAAGUUGUUUUAGUAGGCGAUGGUGCCGUUGGGAAAACCAGUCUGGUUGUCUCUUAUUCAACAAACGGUUUCCCAGGAGAAUAUGUACCUACUGCUUUCGAUAAUUAUAAUGUGGUUGUUAAUGUCGAUGGUCAACCAGUAAAUGUUCAGCUAUGUGAUACAGCAGGUCAAGAUGACUUUGAUCCUCUAAGGUCAUUAUGUUAUCCAGAAACAGAUGUGUUCCUAGUCUGCUUCAGUGUUGUAUGUCCUUCUUCUUAUCAUAGUGUAACUUCUCGAUGGGUAAAUGAAGUACGAAAAUAUUGCCCUAAUGCACCAAUCAUUUUGGUAGGCACAAAGAGUGAUUUAAGAUCAGACGUACAUCUUAUGUUACAAUUAGCAAGAUAUGGUCAAACACCAAUUACAAGUUCACAGGGUCAUCAAUUAGCUCAAAAAGUUGGAGCUGUAAGUUACGUGGAAACAUCUGCAUUAACUCAACAUGAUCUUAAAGAAGCAUUUGACCAAGCAAUAGUUAGUGCUCUUAACACGAGAAGAGGUGGUACUAGUUUAUUAUAUAGACGUAGAAAACCUUUACCAUUAUGGCGCAGAUGGUUAUGUUGUUGCAAAAGAUCUUCUAGUGGUGCAUAAAUAUUGAUUAAUUAGACUCUCUAGAGUAUUCUCUGUGAUCAAGUGCGACUACUUUGUUAUCAGAAUUUUUUAAUUUCUCUGAGUAUCUCAGCAAUAUAAUUCUACGAUUUUACUUAAAAAAUAUGCAAACUUUCCAUGUUUUUGCCAAACUCUGAGAUUAUUAUUAGAUUACUUUUCUAAAAUUUCAAUAGACUAUACUUGAGUAAUAGUUUUUUGAAUUGGUUAACCCCUUGUCUUACGAUUUAAGUUCCAACAGCGUGUGCCGUAACCAUCGACAGGAUCAGUCAGACUGAGUGUUCGAAGUUAUACAAGAUAUAACUAAUUUUAUGUUGCAAGAUGUUUCAUAAAUAAUUACUACCAAUUGAGCAUUAAACAAGAUUCUUAAAGGUAUCUUUUUAAUAUUUUUCAAAAAAAUAUAUCUGCACGUCCGAAUGCGGCCAAGAAAAAAACAUGUUCGACGAGUCUAACUCGUGUUUCUUAUGUUUGGCCCGAAAAACGUACCACGAGCCCAGCUCGACGUUAUAGGUUAAGGGGUUAAUAAUUCUAUAUAUACAUUCUACUUUUUUCAUUAGUUAAAUCUUUCUAUUUUCUAAAAUAUAUAAAACACAGUUUUCUAUUUUCUUGUACAGAUAUAAAAUUUAUAUUCUGAUAGCUAAGCCGUACGCCAUUCAUAAAAUUCCUGAAGCCAGAUAUGGCAUAAUUUAUUAUAACAUUAAUCAUAUUUUUGUUACUAGCAUGUAAUUGGCUACUUGCCUAUUGUGAUUUUUCCUUUAUUGAUAGGAACAUUAAUUUUAGAAUUUAAAACAAAUCAUUGCCGCGUUAUAUUAUUAUUAUUAUUAUAUAAUAUGCACUAUAUUUAACAUUUUAAACAGUUUUUCAUGCUGCAAAGAUUCUAUAAAAUAGGAAUCCUGAUACAAUUUUUCCAAAUAUCAACUCUUUACAUUCUUACAUUACAAUCAAGCUGUGUUAUUUAUUAGAAAACAAUAUGUUAAUGAAUAUUAUAUAUUAUUCGAAAAUUUUUACUUGAAAUGAUAGAAUGUAAAGAGUUACAAAUUUCAUUUACAUCAUUAAUACAUCACGAUACGUACGUCACAUUGAAAUUGUAAUAUUACAUUGUUAUUAUACAUAUAAAUCAAAUUAAUUAUUUAAAAACACAUUUUUAUUAUGAUAUAUAUACUUCGUAAGCAAUUUAUCUAUUUACAAGCAAGUUCUUUCUAUAUAUGUGAAGCAUAAUACUGAACUAAUAUUCAAAACCUUUCUGUGAAAUAUUAAAAAAUAAUAUUGAACAUGUUAGUGAGCGCUGUGAUUAUAAAAUUUAAAUUUUGUCAAAUUCUAUAAUUUUUAUACAUAAAACAUAAGAAGGUACAAGACUGUUGAAAAGUCUUAAUCCACUUCUAAAUCAUAUCAUAAAUUAGUUCAAUUAAAUUUGAAGUGAAUUUAUGUUCAAUAAAUGCAAAUAUUAUCUAUCUAGAUUUUUCAGUUCUAACCAUUACUUUUGAGAAACAGUAAAGUUAGAAUAAUAAAAGAAUUAAAAAGAGAGAAAGAAUAAAGACUAACCUAAAGGUAAAAGCAUAAUGUUUAUAUUUACAGUAUCGUCGUUUAUAAUUCGUAUAAAUAUUUCAGAAACUUCCCUUGUUAAGAGUUUUAACAUAUUUAAGUUUUGUAUCUUCUACUAAUUGUAGGGAGGAAAAGUAUUAAAACAUGAUUUUAUAAAUAUCUUUAAAUAAUAUGUGAGAAAAUAUUUAGAUUAAUUAUUGUUAGAAAAAUGCUUUCAUAACGUUAUUUCUUUAAGAUUAAUAUAACAUUCUUACAAUCAAAUACUGUAAUGACAUCUUGUACAUUUCUGCCUAUUGUGAU